UAUUAACAGAUCAGCAACAGAAUUGAACAUCCACGGUAUAUUGUAAACUUUCAUCAACAAACAUGCAGCUGGUCUUAAUAUUUAUUUCUUUGAUUGGACCAUUCUUUUAUUACUAUGGACAUGAAGUAUCGGCUGCUGGAAUUGUUGAAUCUAUUCAGUCAGAUGUUCAUAAAAUUCUUGCAAGGUCUGGAGGGAUAAAGUCUGAUGUUAAAAAAAUUCUAGAAAGAUCUAGACAGGAAAAACCAGUUAAUGAGAAAAAUAAGCCAGCCUUCCUUGCCAACUUGUCUAUAACCUUAAGCAACCUUAAAUCUGACCAGAUAGUCAAGUUCAACACAGUAGUAACAAAUAUUGGUAAACAUUACAGUCGAGACACAGGAAAAUUUACAGCCCCUCGAGAUGGAACAUACACAUUUUCUUGGACUUGUUUGACUCCCCCCGGAAGCAGAUUUGAAACACGUCUUGCCAUAAAUAACCAGUACAUUUCGGGUAAUAGAGCAAAUGCUCAAAACAUCAACCAAUAUGUCCAAGCCACAAAGAAUGUUGUAGUACAAAUGAAGACAGGAGAUGUCGCUACUGUUAGAGUGCUUGGAGAUACUGGUUUAUCAUUACAUGGAGGUGGUCAUUACUUUUCAUCUUUCUCUGGUUUUAUGAUUUAAUAUUACUUAUAUA